ACUCUUUCUCUGAGAAAUCGUCAAUUGUAAAGGGCUGUAGGGUGACCGGAAAAUGGCUGCGGCGCGUGUGGUGGCGGGGAGUGGACUGGUGAAGUUACCUCCGGUGACUUUCGUGACCGGAAACGCCAAAAAGCUCGAAGAAGUUAAAGUUAUUUUAGGGCAAUCAAUCCCCUUUCAGUCCCUUAAACUCGACUUGCCGGAAUUGCAAGGCGACCCAGAAGAUAUUGCCAAAGAGAAAGCUCGUUUGGCUGCUAAUCAGGUGAAAGGGCCAGUGCUGGUUGAGGACACUUGUCUUUGUUUUAAUGCUCUUAAGGGACUCCCUGGGCCUUACAUCAAAUGGUUUCUCCAAAAGCUUGGUCACGAAGGUCUAAACAAUAUGUUGAUGGCUUAUGAAGAUAAAUCUGCGUAUGCUCUCUGUAUAUUUUCUCUUGCUAUAGGGCCGGAUUCUGAACCCCUUACAUUUGUGGGAAAGACCCCGGGGAAGAUUGUUCCUGCAAGAGGACCGAACGACUUUGGAUGGGAUCCCGUCUUCCAACCUGAUGGCUACGAACAAACUUAUGCUGAAAUGCCCAAGGAAGAAAAGAAUAAGAUAUCUCAUCGCUCAAGAGCUCUUGCAUUGGUAAAAUCCCACUUUGCAGAGGCCGGGUAUGUGUUCGAUAUAUAAGUCAGAAGUUAUAUCGAUCGGUGUAUCUCAUUUUGGAUUCAUAUUCUACAUUUAACAUUGUAACUCUAGAUGGUAGUUUGUGGGUGUCUCUUAUCAAUUUGCAUUACCUGAAGUUGAAAGAUUUUAAUAUGUUACUUUGGAAACA